AUAGGACACGCCAAGCUCUCCCUAGAGAUUCUGUCAUUGAAGAUUUACGUUUACAAAAUAGAUACCUCCAAGAAAAACUUCAUGUUUUAGAAAAACAGUUUUCAAAGGAGGCAUAUUCUAGAACUUCAGUAAGUAUACACCUAUUUGUUUUUCUGUUUUUAAAGAUUAAAAGUGAUAUCAACUUCUACCUUUAUCUGAGCCAGAAUAUUAGAUCCCUCUUAUAAUAUUAAUGCAAUAAAUCCAACUUUUAUUUUUACCAGGUAGUGAUGUAUGUGAACUUCUUUAAUCCUCCUUACAUAAGUAAACUUAAGAUUCUUAGGCUUUGUAUGAAACUUUAUUACAAAUGUGGUUUUAAAUGAAGUUAUCAUUUUGAGUUUUGCUGUGGCAAGAACAUACAAUUGGGUAAAUUAGAAAAAUAUGUCUAUUUAGCAUUGUUUCCACUCAGACGUUACAUAUUUCUAGUUUUCUUUAUAAAAAGUAACUAAUACAGAAUUGUUUGUUGUGUCUUACUUUAAAACAAUUGGUGUGUAUGUUUUUGUUAUUUCUUUCUUCUUCUUUUCAUGUUUCUUCUCUUCUGCUUCAAGCAGAAUCUGUUAUGUGACACAACUACGCUUUCUACCUUUGCUACCAGUGUUAAUAAAUACAGGCACAAUACUUUUUACAAAAAGAACACUUUACACAGGAACAAAAAAAAACCCGUAACAGUUUUCAGAAUUAAAAGUGGGAAGGGAAUAGAUGCCAGUGACGACAUACAUGAUCAGGUACCUAAAGAUAUUCUACGGGAUCCCAGUAAUGAAGAAAAACACGCAGCAGAAGAUACUGUAGAGCCUACGGAAUUAAAUAAAUCCGAGACAAGACCAAAUCAUAAGUCAAGUCCAUUUAAGUCAACUAAUGGUACCUUGGCAGAUGUUAAGUCCAAUUUUGAAAAUGAAGCAGAUCCCAAAAUGGAGAAAAUAAAUCAAGACAGUUGUGAAAAUAAUAAACAGGAACAUGAAAACAAGGAAGAGAAUGAGCUAGGCAAGAAUGAUGAAGGAGAGGGACAAGUAGCUGAAGCUGUGGGUCACAGCAACCACUGGGAUCCAGAGGAAUCCGCCAGAGAGGACCCUGAUUAUGCCACAGUUGCGGCCACACUGAGUCAGUGUGCUGAGGAGGGCGCACAGGCAAACUCUGACUCCGACGGACCAGUCCGGCCAAGAGACGAAGUGUCCCAGGUUUGAGUCCAUGGCGGUCCUGUGUGUGUGUGUUAUCGGAAUCUUCCUGUAGCAAGUGGUAUACACAUGUGGGACAAAUGGAAAUACGUUGUAUAGGAUUCGUAAAGAAUAUUAACUAUAUUGUUAAUGAUACAUAUAUAUUAUAUGUAAUAUAUAAAGAAAUGUGUCUUAAGCUCUAAUAUUUGAUGGGUUCCUUCAAAAAUUAAUGGUUAUGCAUUUCCUAAUUCAUUUUAGUACUCACUGUUUUACCACUAGUACUCACUUAAAAAGAAUUAGAUUACAUUAUGGGGUGACAAAAAUCUGGCCCUAUAGAGGUGUUCAUGUUGCCUUAGAAAUUUCUAAUUCAGGUUGCUCUGAAGUCUCAUCACAGACUUUUACUACAGUGAAUACGAUCAGUAAAAGUAUGUUACGAUACUGUAUGACAUUCUUUGGUCAUCUUUUUGCCACAUAGUUUAUGACAUAUACUUU